CUAACUUCGGCUGUGUCGACUUUCUGUUUUGCAGUGAUUUGAUUGCUUGGGCUCAGCGAUGUGAGUUGGUCCGGACACACCUCGCCCUGCACCGCCACCACGGACUCUGCUCUUAUCUUCAUCAUCACCGAAAGAGAAAACACUUCAUGCAACGUUGGUUGUGUCGCCGUCGCUCUCUGGGGUGGAAGAUGUCCGCUGGCUUCUCCGGGCCGGAGCCAGUUUAGGAAGAUCUUUCUUUUCCCACGGAGCCUCAUCAGGAAAACGCCAACGGUUCUGUCGUGCCUACGUUAGGUUGUCAUUUAGAGGCAGCUGUCAAAUUUGGCCCCCCAUCCUCCAAACACGGAGCUGCAUGGCUGUUAAACUGUGUCCUGGACUAUUUACGUGGAGUUAACGGAUAUGUCUGUAUUGCCAGGCCAAGGCGAGGACGGGCAGGAGAUGCCUUCUGGCUAGCGUUAACUGGACCACAGCUAGGUCGCAAACCACAGUAUUUAGCACAUUUACAGGCACACAUCACCGCGGUGUUGUUGGUAUCCGUUGUUUUUAAGACACUCCCAGUCUGACAGCCGAUGUUUACUAGAAAAAUGCCGAAAUAGCGGCCACUUUGUCAGCCAACCGUUAAAAUCUGAUAAAAGUUGCCGUGCACGCGCGGCACAAGUUAAGCUAGCUAGCUGUGCUAGUCAGCUGCAGCAUCAUAACAACAAAGCUAAAUGCCCAGCCUGUAUUCACUGACACAUAUCAAUGUAGAGACUGUUGUCUGCUCAGCACUAAUACACUAAUGUUAUGUUAAAUCAGCCCACAAGUGAAGGAAUUAUUCAGCACGGGCUAACAGGUGCGAGGACGAACAUGACUACUAACUAACUAGCACGUAACGAAAAAGGUGUGAUAACAGGACUGAUUGAUACCCGAGCAGCUUAUUGUAUGUGUUUGGCACCUGCUAAACUUUGGGAACCCCAAGAAGGAAUAGAAAGCAGCUCAACCUGUUGACCAUGGAGGGAAAUGUACAGCAACAACAGAGAAUGACUCAUUUAGCUCGGGAGCUGACGAGGACAUUUAACAGCUACAACAAACACUCCAUACAGCUGAAGAAGAACCUAAAGGAGACUAAUGCGUUCUUCCGGGAAAUCAGGCAGAAUUACAGCAACGCGUGUGCAUCGACCAUGAGCCCGGAGUCAGCUUCCUUUGAGGCAGGCCAGCUCAGCUGCAUCUCUUUCCCCAGCCAUGAGGAAGAGUUCCUGCGUAACACUGUGGGUGCUGCCCCGUAUAUCCUGGUACUGGGCCAGGACUGUGCUGCCCGCUAUCAGCUGCUUAACUGCCUUCUGGGUGAGAGGCUGCUGCCACUGGGCCCCGAGGCCGGAGAGGCUUGUGAAGGAGUCCAGGGCACUGUCUGCAAGAGGCGGAAGCUGUGUUUCACCCAUGGGAGACAGACACGGCUCAGCUUGGCACUGCCUGGCCAGUAUGAGUUGGUGCAUCAGCUGGCGGCUAACUGUGGCCGCUGGGACACAGUGCCCCGGGAAGACCUGGAGAUACAUGAGGAAUGUGAGGACCCAGCCCACAGGCUAGCAGAGCUGGAGAUCACCCUACAUCACCCACUGCUACAGGAAGCAAAGGUCAUGGUGGUGCCCUGUCCGAGCGUCCAGCCCAUAGAGGAGGCCCUGGAAGACUGCACCCGCAGUGUGACCCCCAUCAUACUCUAUGCUAUCAACCAGGACUCCCUAAGCACUGAGCAGGUGGCUGAGCUCUGGAAGGUCAAAGAGAUGCUCUCCUUUCCCAUCUGUUUUAUUCGUACCCCUGACAACACGUCUACAGCUUCCCCAGAACCUGUCCGCCGUGCGGAGAAGGAAAAGGAGAAGGAGAGGGAGAAGAGCGUCCUCCAUAAGCAGCUGCUCUCCCUUGACUUCAUUUGUAGCCCGAUAGGAAAUUGCUCCUGUGGUGCCCCCACACAGACCCCCACCCCUGGUGCCAAGCCUCAGAGUGUGCUGGGUGAGGCUUUCGAAAAACUGCAUCGGUUGCUGGUGCCUUUUGUUCGCCAGGUGCUUCAAAACCAACAGGUGGAAGCGGCCAGCCUGCUUAAUGGAGUUCAUUGUCGCUGUCUAGAUCUUUUCAUCAACCAGGCCUUUGACAUGCAGAGGGACCUGCAGAUAACACCCCGCAGGCUGGAGUACACCCGUGAGAAAGAGGGUGAGCUCUUCAACUCCCUCAUGGCCAUUGCUAACCGCAAGCAGGAAGAGAUGAAGGAGAUGAUUGUGGAAACGCUUGGCAGCAUGAAAGAGCAGCUGCUGGAGGAUGCGGCCAACCUGGAGUUUACAGACAUCAUUGUAACAACUAAUGGAGAGCUUGUUACAUCGAAGGAGAUCAAAUCUUGCAUCCACCAGAUCCAGGAGCUAAUAGUGCUGCGUUUGAAUCAGGCGGUGGCAAAUAAGCUGAUCAGCUCGGUGGACUAUCUGAGGGAGAGCUUCGUAGGGACUCUGGAGCGAUGUCUCAGCAGUCUGGAGAAGUCGACCAUGGAUUCUUCUGUCCACAACAUCACUUCCAAUCACCUCAAACAGUUAUUAAAUGCUGCCUAUCACGUGGAGAUCACCUUUCAUUCAGGAUCCUCCUUCACAAGACUCUUCUGGGAGCAAAUCAAACAGAUAAUCCACAGGAUAACGUUUGUGAACCCUCCCGCCAUCACUCCAGAGUGGAAGCGGAAAGUGGCCCAGGACGCCAUAGAAAGUCUCAGUGCUGCCAAACUGGCCAGAAGCAUCUGCUCCCAGUUCAGAACCCGCCUCAACAGCUCCCAUGAUGCCUUUGCUGCAUCACUACGCCAGCUGGAGGAAGGGCACACGGGCCGUCUGGAGCGCACUGAGGACCUGUGGCUGCGUGUGAGGAAGGACCACGCCCCUCGACUGGCUCGCCUGUCUCUGGAGAGCCGCUCCCUCAGGGAUGUGCUUCUGCAUGGCAAGCCUAAGCUCGGGCGAGAGUUGGGUCGGGGUCAGUACGGAGUUGUGUACCUGUGUGACAGCUGGGGCGGACACUACCCAUGCGCCUUAAAGUCAGUGGUACCACCUGAUGAUAAACACUGGAACGACCUGGCUUUGGAGUUUCACUACACAAGGUCCCUGCCCAAACAUGAGCGGCUCGUCGACCUGCACGGCUCUGUGAUUGAUCACACUUACGGAAGCGGCUCCAGCAUCGCCGUGCUGCUUAUUAUGGAGCGGCUGCACAGAGACCUCUACACAGGCCUGAAGGCUGGUUUAUCACUGAGGGAGAGACUUCAGAUUGCUCUGGAUGUGGUGGAGGGGAUCCGCUUCCUGCACGGUCAGGGCCUCUUGCACAGAGACAUAAAGCUAAAGAAUGUUCUGUUGGACAAACAAAAUCGUGCAAAGAUCACCGACCUCGGCUUCUGUAAACCAGAGGCCAUGAUGUCUGGCAGUAUUGUUGGAACCCCCAUCCACAUGGCUCCAGAGCUGUUUACAGGAAAGUAUGAUAACUCUGUGGAUGUUUACGCCUUCGGGAUCCUUUUCUGGUACCUCUGCACUGGUUCAGUGAAACUCCCAGAAGCCUUUGAGAAAUGCUCCAGUAAGGACCAGCUCUGGAAUAACGUUAAAAAAGGAGCCAGACCCGAGCGGUUGUCCGCUUUCGAUGAGGAAUGUUGGCAGCUGAUGGAGGCCUGCUGGAACGGGGACCCUUCCCAGAGGCCCCUGCUCGGUAUCGUGGAGCCCAGCCUCAAAAGCAUCAUGGACCGGCUGUGCAACUGCAGCUCGGAGCAGAAAAGCAGCAGCCUCGAGGACUCAAACUGAAAACACUCCAGACAAACUAACACACGUGUGACAGGGAUUCUGAUCAGGAAAGUAUUUUUCUUGUAUUUAUGAAGAGCGCAGACGAACAGGUGACCGAUGAAUAAUGUGCAAGCUGUCCUCCUUUAUUGGAUUUACAUUAUUUAUGAGGAGCUGAUACAGACCAGACGUUUGCAAAUAUGAGUGUGUUUUAUCGUUUGUGCUUUGUGUAUUUGUAUACAAACUCUACACCGUGCUUGUGUCGUAGCUGCCCUGCUAAUUGCUACUUGGUCAUAGAAUUCUUACUAGAUGCAAAUUGUUUUAAAAGUAGUCCACUCCCAGUGUUAUGAAAAAAAUAUAAAUAUAUAAAAGAUUAAUUUUAGAUUGUAUUUAAACUGAACAUGUCUGCAUCUAUACAAAUACAACAUCUUUUUUUUUUUAAUAAAAUGAUCUGUUA